AUGAACCACCUACAGCAUCACUUCAGCACGCUGUUCGUCAACAACAACAGCGAGCGUGCACAACAACCACAGAAAGAACCAGUUCCAUCCGUCUGGCAGAGGCACUCCAACUUCCAGCUCUUCUGCAUGGUCAUCUCCAUCUUCUUCUGGGUCUUCUCCUUCACCGCUGCCUUCACCGCCAUCACCAUCAGUCGCUGGCGGUAUGCUGGACACAAGAGAUCGUUGUCGUCGAGGAUGCCCAAGGAUAAGGUCCCUGGUGUGACCAUCAUCCGUCCCCUCCGUGGCAUCGACUGCAACAUGUAUGAGAACCUCGCCUCGAGUUUCUGCCAGGACUACCCGCUCUUUGAAGUUGUCUUCUCCGUCGCUCAGCCCAACGACCCCGCCAUUGCCGUCGUCAGGGACCUGAUGAAGCAGUACCCCAAGGUGGACGCCCGCCUGAUCAUUGGCGAGAAGAACGUGGGUAUCAACCCCAAGAUUAACAACAUGAUCCAAUCCUACGAAACGGCCAAGUACGACAUUGUCUGGGUUUUGGAUUCGAACGUCUAUGUGGAUCCUGGAUGUAUGGGCCGCUCUAUCGACAAGAUGAUGAAGCCCGGUGUCGGUCUCGUCCACCACUUGCCCUUUGGCGUUCGUCCCCAGACUCUUGGAUCUGAACUGGAGCUGAUGUUCCUCGACACUGUCCACGCCAAAAUGUACCUCUUUAUCAACUGGACUGGUCUCGCCUCCUGUGUCGUCGGAAAGUCGAAUUUGUACAGACGCUCGGACUUGGACAAGGUUGGCGGUAUGGCAGCCUUUGGAAAGUACAUGGCAGAGGACAACCUUGUGGCGACGGCGAUCUUCAACAUGGGGUACAAGCAUGAGAUGACCAGCGAUUUGGCGUACCAGUCCCUCGGAUCGAUGACCCCCUCCGACUAUUUCCUCCGCCGUGCUCGUUGGUGCCGCAUUCGCAAGUACACCGUCACUGCCGCCACCGUUGUCGAGCCUUACAUCGAGAUGAUUGGAUGCGGUCUUGUCGCCUCUUAUGGAUUCAACUUACUCUGGAACAUCCACGCCCUCAACUUUUUGGCCUUCCACGUCGUUGUCUGGUUCUUGGUCGAUCUCUCGAUGUACCAGGCAUUGUCGGGUGAAAAGAUGGAUAAUUUGCGCGGAUUCUUGAUGGCCUGGUGCUUGCGUGAGUUGGUUGCUCUUCCUCUCUAUGUCUAUGCCGUUGUCGGAUCAACCGUCGACUGGCGCGACCAGGCCUUCGAGUUGCUGAGGGAUGGCACUGUUCGCCCCAUUGUCUCUGCCAAGCCCCUGCCCAAGGUUAAGGUCUCUGUUGCCUCUGGAUCUGGAUCGAACUCUGCUCCUCCUUCGCCCACUACUGCUGCCUUCUGGGCCAACACUAUGGUUCCUCAGUCGACCCAGACGUCUAUCAGGAAAUUCUUCCGCCACCCCACUGUUAUCUCGAUUGUUAGAAGCACGUUUGCGGUCAUUCACUUUGUGGUCGACAUUCUGAUCAAGAGUCAACGUAACGGAAAUCAGGAGGAGGAUGACGAGUUGCUUGAGGGUCAGACGUCAGGAGAUGUUGCUGUUACCCCCAAUGUGGCCGAGAAGGACGAUAUUUUGAAGCUUCAGAAGGUGCCUUUGAAAAAGUCGAGCAGGAGCAACAAGAAGUACGCAUUGAAUUACGAUGGCGACGACAGCAGUGCAGCUGAGGGCGGUGAUGGAAUUUUGUUGCGCAGGAGCCCCCGCCAGAGACAUUCGUCGAGCAUGAAGCAGCAAAAGUACUCUGUUGAGGAGAGCGAGGAGGAGAUGGAUAGCGAUGUUGCUCAUCGCAGACAUACGCGUGUUUAUUCGAGCACUCGCAGUGAGACUGAAGCUGAGCAUGGUCGCCGGUCGACAGAGGAGGAUGCGCUUUCGAGGGCUGUUGAGCCCUAUCUGUCUGACUCGCUGAGUCGCCGUGGCAGGACUCCUCGUCGCGAGCUGUUGUCCUCUUCGCAGCAUUUGGUCGUUGUCGCUUAA